AUGGAAGCUGUCUCCAACAACGAUCCAUGGUUCACUACCAACAUUGAUGCAACUGGUAGAAAAUGUCUAAGUGCUUUACAAAAGUGUACUGCAGCUCUUCGUAUGCUAGCAUACGGGGUGGCUGCUGAUCAAGUUGAUGAGUACCUCCGAAUUAGCGAAAGCACAGCACGAAAAGCACUCAGUCAUUUCACAAAGGGAAUAAUCAACCAAUUUGGGCAACAUUAUUUGAGAAAACCAACACCACAAGAUUUGACGAGAUUAUUAACUUUUAGUGAAGAACGAGGAUUCCCUGGCAUGAUUGGUAGUGUUGAUUGCAUGCAUUGGGAGUGGAAGAAUUGCCCAGCAGCAUGGAAAGGGCAAUAUCAAGGCCGAGCUGGUGUUGCAACAUUAAUUCUUGAAGCUGUCGCCGAUCAUGACCUAUGGAUAUGGCAUGCCUUUUUUGGGAUGCCAGGUUCAUAUAAUGAUCUCAACGUGCUAUAUCGAUCACCUCUUUUAGUUGAUUUGUUUGAAGGAAGGGCACCACCUGUCAAUUUCACGGUGAAUGGAAAUCAAUACGGCAUGGCUUACUAUCUCACUGAUGGCAUUUAUCCUAAAUGGGCUACUUUUAUUCAGUCUAUUACUGAACCGCAAACAGCAAAAGCAAGGUUAUUUGCCCAACAUCAAGAAGCAGCAAGAAAGGAUGUGGAGCGAGCAUUUGGGGUGUUGCAAGCUCGAUUUGCAAUAAUUAGAAAGCCCUCACUUGCUUGGGAUGAAGAACGACUCUCUGAUAUAAUUACUUCUUGUAUAAUUAUGCAUAAUAUGAUAGUGGAAGAUGAAAGAGAUACAUAUACACACUAUGCUGAUGGUAGAGAGUUCAUGGGAGAUCGCCCAAAAGGUCAAUCAGAAGGUACAAGUGGAUUAAAUGAUGACUUUGAGUAUUACACAGAUAGAAUUGUUGAUAUCAAUCGAUACUUGGCAAAUAAGGAUGAUGUUGAAGAUCGACAAACACAUUUAUCCUUAAAAGAUGACUUGGUUGAAAAUAUCUGGCAAAAGUUUGGAGAGAACCGCAAUUUAUGGUUGGUGUUAGGCCUUGGUCAAAAGAACUAUGAGGACGAAAAAGAUGCUGUAAUGGUGUGA